AGCGCGAGACUGUCAGUACGGCGGGUACUGCUGGGAGUGGUAGAAAUUACUUCAAAUAUUUUCCAAAAUGGCAAACAAAUUGAAGAUAGUCCUGUUCCUUGGAACCUGCAGGGAGAACCGCCUGGGCGAACGGGUGGCUAAAUUCAUGAUCAACCAGCUCAAGAAAGAUGGCAAACACGACGUAGAAUUCAUGGACGCCGAGGAGUUCAACCUCCCAAUCCUGAAGAAAGCCCUGUUCUUUUAUAAAGAUGAAACGCAGGCUCCGCAGAUCUUGCAAGACGCGAAGAAAAAGAUCAUCGAGGCCGAUGGCUACGUGUUCGUCUCGGGGGAAUACAAUCACUCUAUACCGCCUGGCCUCGCCAAUAUGGUCGACCAUUUCCCUACGUCCAUUUUCACCUACAAGCCCUCCGCCAUUGUAUGCUAUUCUCCUGGUAUAUACGGAGGAAUGCGAGCGGCAAUGCAGCUGCGAUGUUUCCUUGGCGAGAUCGGCUGCCUGCCCGUGUCCAACAUCUUCGGCAUUCCCAAGUGCCACCAGGCUAUCUCGGCCGAGGGCGAAGCGAUAGAUGACCACAUGGAAAAAGGGGCCGCUAAGAUCAUCGAGCAGCUAGACUGGAACGCAACAGCCAUGCGUAACCACCGCCAAGCCGUAGGCGUGCCAAAGUAGAUUGCCUUUAUCCCAUUUGUGCACGGACGUUUGAGGGCGCUAUUUGUUCACUAGUUAGAAAGGGGGAGGAACAAAUUUGAGCAACUGGACUUGCAUGCAAAGGCCAUGCCCAAUAGGAUGUGGCGAAUUUCAAUAAAAAGUUUGAAUUUGAAGUUCUGAAUAGGCUAAAAGGUUGUUCUGGCAAUACAUGCAUUUAAGACCUACCACAUUGAAAAUGUUUUCAUCCAUAAGGCCAAAAAAAAAAAAAUAAGUCGGUCUC